AUGGGGUCCGAUUGGACGAAAUCGCCUCAACCGCUGGGGCUUUGCCGCGAGAAUCAGCGGUGGUCCGUUCGGGCGGCUGGACUGCGGAAGUGGCCGAACGAAGUGGUGUUUCCGUUCGGCGCCUCUUUUGUCGGAGAGGGCGCUCUUCCUCCUGAGCAGAGCCUUCCUCUUGGACAGUUGGUCCUCUGCUGGGGGUGGCGCCUCUCGCCACAUCCUGGGGAGAUGCAGCGGCCGACUCCUCAGGUUACUGUUCAUGGUUUUCACAUUUCGAUCAUGCAAGGUGGUGGUCAUGGUCGCCAUGGCCAUGGUCGUCGCGGUCGUGGCAACCGCGCCUCCUUUUUAGAUGAGCCAGCGCCUUCUUCACGUUGCUUUCCCUUCUCAUGCGCCAUCGCUGGCACCCGCCUCCGCCGAGGUGACCCCUCGCCGGAAGCAAUGGACGCCGGCGACGAGUCGCCCAGGGCGUCCGGCUGCGGCCUGUUCCGCCGGCGGAGGGCGAGGUCGACCAGUUCGAUCCCGUCCUUGGAACCCGCUGGCGCGGCCGCAGAGAGGAUGGCGCCGGACGCCGGCAUGCCGCGGAGGGGAAAGGGCUCCGACGACGCGACUUCUAUAGUCCCCGUCCCGGUCCCCCUGCCCGUCGUGAAGGCCCGGGCGGGUCCGGCGGCGGUCCAGAUGCCCCGGCGGACUCCGGAGGCCGUGAGGGCGCUCCCGCCGCCGACGACAGCAGCGGCGGUGGGCAAGGGAAUCGUGGCGGAGCUCGACGGGAUGCUGUACGACCGGCAGCGCGCCGCAGCCAACGGAGGCGGCAGCCUCCUACGUGCAUCGUCCGGGAACGUGAUGUUGUACGGCAACCUGGGGAACCUCCGAGGAAAUCCAAAGAAUCCUCCCAGCCAAAACUUGCUCGAUUACCUUCCCAAGACGGCCAAGGAAGCGAAGGCCGACGCGAUCACGAGUCCCACGCCGGCGCAGGAGCCGGAGCUCUGCCGCGCUUUGUCGACGAGGCGCGACCCGGAGGAGCUGAAGGAGAUGGGGAACGAGGAGUACAAGGAGGGAAGGUUCGCGGAGGCCCUGGCGAUGUACGACCGCGCCAUCGUCAUGGAUCCCGGCAAGGCCUCCUACUACGCCAACAAGGCCGCCGCGCUCACCGGACUGGGCCGCCUCUUCGACGCCGUCGCUCAAUGCAAAGAGGCCAUCAGAAUCGAUCCCGCUUACCAUCGCGCGCACCAUCGUCUCGCUUCUCUCUAUCUCAGAUUGGGAGAAGCCGGCAAAGCAGUCCAUCAUUUCAAGCAAUCAAGAAACGAAGCCAGUCCCUGGGACAAGUCAAGGGCACAGGCCCUGCAAUCCCAUGUUUCCCAAUCCAAUGAAGCACGCAGGAUAAAGGACUACCUUACCCUGUUGAAGGGAUCAGAAUCUGCUGCUUCCUCCGGCGCUGAUUCUUCCCCCCAGGUCUUCGCACUGCGAGCUGAGGCACUCCUGAAGUUGCAGCGACACGACGAGGCGGAUUCGAUCAUGAGUAGCGCGCCUAGAUUCGGCAUCGAUGAAUCUACCAAGUUCUUCGGCGCAACUGCAAAUUCAUACUUCCUCAUGAUCCGAGCACAGGUCGACAUGGCUGCGGGAAGGUUUGAAGAGGCAGUGGCGGCGGCCCAGAAGGCGGCUCAACUCGACCCAGGCAACCGAGAGACGGCCAUGGUAGCCCGACGAGCCAGGGCCGUAGCCUCAGCAAGAGCCAGGGGCAACGAUCUCUUCAGGGCGUCCAAGUUCGCAGAGGCAUGCGUGGCCUACGGAGAGGGCUUGAACCAUGAUUCUCAGAAUGCCGCUCUUCUCUUCAACCGAGCUGCCUGCCGUUCCAAGCUUGGGCACUACGAGAAAGCGGUUGAGGACUGCAACGCUGCCCUCGCCGUCCGACCUUCCUACGGCAAGGCCAGACGACGGCGAGCUGACUGCAAUGCCCAGUUGGAAAGAUGGGAGGCGUCGGUGAAGGAUUACGAACUGUUGGUCCAGGAAAACCUAGAAGACGAUCAGUUGGCUAAAGCUCUCUCUGAGGCUCAAGCCAUGCUCAAGAAGAAACAAGAUGAACUCUUCCAAAUUGUGAAUUAA